AUAUUGACCAAAGGCUUCUCAAGAGGGAAAUCACUCACCUUGAGGACGCCGGUUUGCUAGUCAACUCUCCCUACAUGAGUGCACUGAGAGCUGAGCGAGAAAUAGAUCUGAUCAUCUCCUUUGACUUCAGUGAAGGAGAUCCAAUGGAGACUUUGACUGAAACAGCUAAACAUUGUAAUGAGUUGGGCAUCUCCUUCCCAGCGAUUGAUUGCACAAAAAGCGACAAUAACUCUCCAAAGGGUUUCUAUGUGUUCAAGGGGGUGAAGGAAGCCCCCACUGUAAUCCACAUUCCCUUAUUCAACGUUGAAAACUGUGGGAGCGAGUUGGAUGCUUACAUACAGAAGUAUACCACAUUCCAGGGAGCUUACAGCCCAGAGAUGAUCGAGGAUCUGAUGAAGAAGGCCGGUGAAAACGUCUUAAACCACAAAGAGCACCUGAUGGAGGAGAUCAAGGCCAUUGUCCAGCAGAAGAGCGGGACAAUGCCCAGCUCUUGUCUAAUUGCUUAA